AGCACAAAAACUGUUCGACAAAACCGAAAUUGCAUUUCUGUCAGAAAUUUCGAAUAAACAUGUGAGAAUUACAGGUGUUUUGGCAACUCACUAAAGCAAACAGAGUAAACAUUUCAAAUAUAAUUUCAAUUUAAGCAAAGAGAAGAAGAAAAAACAUAACGAAGACACUUAAGAAGAAAGGAACUUCAAAUGAUUAAGAAAAUGCGAGCCUUGAAGAGAAGCAAAUGAAACGAGCAACAAAGCAGUAAAAACAAACAACAAAAACAAACAACAAAAACAAAAAACAAACAACAAAAACAAAAAUCAAAAAUGUGCAACAAAAGUCAAUAAGGAAAAGCUAACAGUAAACGCAGCAACAACUCUGUAGGAAAGCUGCAACCACUUGCGGCAAGAGCAACAGCAACAGCAGCAGCAGCAGCAGCAGCAGCAACUGCAACAGUUAAAGCAACAGCAACAAAUAUAACCAAACCGUAACGCGAACAAUUGCAAAAUGGCCAUCAACUUCUCGGCCUCGUUUGCGGCCUGCAUAGCAGCGGGCCUGAAGGUGCCCCGCCAGAUAAUGUACUGCAUUACGCAGGACACGGGCCAGCCGUACGUGCUGUACAAGGACUCGCAGGACGCGGAACGCAAUGCGGGCGCCAUUGGCGCCAGUGCCGCCCAAUGGGGCAGCGACAUGUACCCCAACAUACAGCAGCAGGCGCAGCAACAUCUCAGCGCACAGCAGCAGCAGCAACAGCAGCAGCAGCAGCAGCAACAACAGCAGCAACAGCAGCAGCAGCAGCAGAACGCCACAGUUGCCGCACAGGCAGCGGCGGCGGCAGCAGCUGCUGCAGCAGCGGGCCAGCCACAGAGUCCGCCGGGCGGCCAAGAGGCGCGCGACAAUGGCAGCGGCGAUGGCCGCCAGCAGCAGGUGUCGCCCUCCUCCAGUCCGUAUCCUUCGGUGCAGCAGCAGCAGCAGCAGCGAGCGAAUGGCAAUGCCGACGACGACGCCAUGAAUCAGCUUGCCAAUCAACAAAACUCCGCGCCAAAUCCAAACCAAAGCAGCAACGAGCCGCAGCACGCGCCCACGAACGGCGGCGAGGCUGGACAGGGUAAUCCGCAUGUGCAGCAGAAUGGCGGCGGGCAGCCGCAGGGCGAUCCGAGCAACGGCUUCCAGACGCCCGACUACUAUGCGCCGCGCCAUGGGGCGCCGCAGGGCGGCAUGCUGGCGCCACCCGGCUUCCCGCCGUUGCACUAUCUGAACAAGGGCGUGCUGCCCAUGGAGCAGAACGGCGGCGAGUCGUAUGCGCUGCCCGAGCUGCUGCCCGGCCAGCAGCAGCAGCAGCAGCAACAGCAGCAGCAGCAGCAGAAUGGCGCACAGGCGAACGGCGGCCCGGCGAAUGGCAAUGCCAAUGAGGGCGCAGCGGCGCCCAAUGGCGGAGCGGCGGGCGCGGCGGGCGCCACGGGGACGACGAGCGGUCGCACGGGACCUGGCCGCCCGCACAAGAACAAGCCGCACAGCGACUUGCGGCUGUUCAAGUGCCUCACCUGCGGCAAGGACUUCAAGCAGAAGAGCACGCUGCUGCAGCACGAUCGGAUACAUACGGACGCCCGUCCAUUUCCGUGCUCCGAGUGCGGCAAGCGCUUCCGACAGCAGUCGCAUCUGACGCAGCAUCUGCGCAUCCACGCCAACGAAAAGCCAUUCACCUGCCCGUACUGCUCGCGCAGCUUCCGGCAGCGAGCCAUACUCAACCAGCACAUACGCAUCCAUUCGGGUGAGAAGCCCUUCGCCUGCCCCGAGUGCGGCAAGCACUUUCGCCAGAAGGCCAUCCUCAAUCAGCAUGUGCGCACCCACCAAGAUGUCUCGCCGCAUCUCAUCUUCAAGAACGGACCCCACCCGACGCUCUGGCCCUCGGACGUGCCCUUUCCGGGCGAGGAGGCGGACUCGAAGGGCGACAUUGCCGUCGCUGGCGGCGGCUACCAUGACGACGACUCGCAGGGCACACCCGACGGCAGCGGUGGCAUGCACUAUCCGUCCUACUUCAAGGACGGCAAGGCAGGCCAAAAGAUACUGCCCGAGGUGCUGCAGCAUAUUGGCGUGCGGCCGGCGAAUAUGCCGCUCUACGUGCGCUGCCCCAUCUGCGACAAGGAGUUCAAGCAGAAGACGACGCUGCUGCAGCACGGCUGCAUACACAUCGAGUCCCGGCCGUACCCCUGCCCGGAGUGUGGCAAGCGCUUCCGCCAGCAAUCGCAUCUCACGCAGCAUCUGCGGAUUCACACGAACGAAAAGCCCUUCGGCUGCAUGUACUGUCCGCGCUUCUUCCGCCAGCGAACCAUUCUGAAUCAGCACUUGCGCAUUCACACCGGCGAGAAGCCCUACAAGUGCGGCCAGUGCGGCAAGGACUUCAGGCAGAAGGCCAUACUGGAUCAGCACACGCGCACCCACCAGGUAGGCGAUCGUCCGUUCUGCUGUCCCAUGCCCAAUUGCCGGCGACGCUUUGCCACCGAGAACGAGGUGACGAAGCACAUCGACAACCACAUGAAUCCCAACAGCACCAAGGUGCGCCGGCAGCAGCAACAGCAGCAGCAGCAGCAGCAGCAGGUGCAGCAGGUCCAGCAGCAGGUGCAGCAGCAGCAGCAGCAGCAGCAGGUGCAACAGCAGCAGCAGAAUGCAGCCGCCUCGGCGGCCGUCGUCAAUCAUCUGAUGAACGAUGCCAAGAGCCUGGCCGCGCAGCAAUUCCUCAACAACAACAAUCCCGCCGCUGUCGACAACAAGGCCAACAUCUUGCCGGUGCGCAGCAUGGCGGCGAAUGCGGCUGCGGCAGCGGCAGUUGCCCAGCAGUCGGUGGUCAAGAAUGAGCUAUACUUUCCGCAGUGCUACGGCCCGCCCUUCCAGCAUCCCUUCCACGCCCAGCAGCAGCAGCAGCAACAGCAGCAGCCGAGCGCAGCGCACGCCAAUGGACCCACGCCGCCUGUCACGGUCACCGUGGCCAGUGCACCUGGCGUUGUGGUGCAGCAGAAUGCGGCCACCUCUGUGGUGGCCCAGUGACAUCCCACCACUGGAGCAGCUGGAGCCCAACAGCAGCA